GAGUCUAAUUUUAUAAUAAUUUAAUUUGAUCCAGUUUAUGAAAGCAAAUUAAUAUCACUCAAUUCUAUAGUUAAAAUGGAAGAGCCCAUGGUUGUUGACAAUUUGGUUGAAGGAACCAAAUUUGGGGCUCUAAAGGCCAAAACCCAUCCAAUACUCCAAGACUACAUCAUCUCAAGCACUGUGCUGGGGCUUGGGAUCAAUGGGAAGGUUGUUGAGUGCUACAGUAAGCAGGGCCAGAGAAAGUAUGCACUCAAGGUCUUGCGUGACUGUGCCAAGGCGCGCAGAGAAGUGGAGCUGCAUAGCCGAGCUUCUCAGUGUCGCCAUGUUGUGUCAAUCAUUGAUCUCUAUGAGAAUGUCUACAACAACACCAAGUGCUUACUUGUUGUUAUGGAAUGCAUGGAAGGCGGAGAACUCUUCCAGAGAAUCCAAGAUCGUGCAGAUGUCGCCUUCACAGAACGAGAAGCAGCCACAGUGGUGCGUGACAUCGCUUCUUCCCUGCACCACCUGCACAUGCUCAACAUAGCGCACAGGGACCUCAAACCUGAAAACUUGCUCUAUACAUCUCAAGACGAAAAUGCUGUUUUAAAACUAACGGACUUUGGGUUUGCAAAGGAGACGUUCUCAAAAGAAUCUCUUCAGACGCCAUGCUAUACGCCGUAUUAUGUUGCUCCCGAGGUACUCGGACCAGAGAAGUAUGACAAAAGUUGCGACAUAUGGAGCCUGGGUGUCAUCAUGUACAUCCUGCUGUGUGGUUUCCCACCAUUCUACAGUAACCACGGACAAGCAAUUUCCCCAGGCAUGAAGAAGCGCAUACGCACAGGCCAGUACAACUUCCCCAACCCUGAGUGGAAAAACGUGAGCAAUGACGCCAAGGAGCUCAUCAGGGGCAUGCUCUGCACACAACCUGAGCGCAGACUCACUAUCGAUGAUGUGAUGCGACACAAGUGGAUCAUGGAGCACACAUCUGUGGCCCAGACUCCCCUGCACACAGCGCGCGUGCUACGGGAAGAAGGUUCGGGCCAGUGGCAAGAAGUACAGGACGAGAUGACGCGAUCCCUGGCCACCAUGCGCGUCGACUACGACACUCUCACCAUCAAAACCCUUGACGCUGCCAACAACUCAUUGCUCAACAAACGUCGUCAUCGCUCGGGGGCUUCGUCGUCUCCUCUUCCACCUCUGCAAACCACUGCUGCUGCUGUGGGGGCCUCGGCGGGGCGGCCUCACUAACUAGAAUCUGGUGUAAUGAAAGUUGAAAAUAACCUUAUAACAUUGAGGUGCAUGUAUCCAUUGCUAGUAUGCUCAAUAGAAUCCAUUAAAUCGUGCCACACUCCACUGAAGUAACCACAAUUUCUCAUUCAAUGAAAUGCGCUGUCAACCGUUCUGAGUUCAUAAAUAUUAAAACAAACAAUUUCAGUCUUACCAAUUGAUACUUCCAAGCGGUACUCCACACGGUUCUCCCAUUAUGUGUUAUUCAUGAUUUUAACUCGAUGUCAUGGUUACUAACGAGCUGUGGAAUUCCUUCAAAGUAGAGGGACUCCUAUUUUUUGUUGUGGAACUUAUUUAACGUAACAAAUGAAUCGCUCAUUUUCGUUUAACUCUCGUACUCACGUCUUAAUGUGCUGCUGCUAUAGCCCUGAUAGCAAGCACAAAAUUGAAAGCCUCUUUUUGCAGGGCUAUAUGUUUGGUUCAGAUCGGUACGAUUAAAAUAGUUUAUGCUCUCAUACGUGAAUCCUAAUUUUGUGGCACAUUCAUGUGUAUCGUGUAUACGAAUAAUAGUUACAAAAUGAAAAAAAUGAUAACCUGCUGUAGAUCAUGCAUAUAAGGUGAGCUAUCAUUUACGAAUGGUUCAUUUUUCUGUUGACAAUAUUAAUCAGUAUUCUGAUCUGACUUCGUUUAUCACGUGUGUUCGCAGUGAGAGUAACGACUAUUGUGUGUUACACGCGCUGCGUGUAUUGCGCCUGUGAAGAAUCAAAAUGUGGAGCGGAAAGUUAAACUGGUAAAAAAUGUUGAGUGGAUUGUUUGUUAUCUAAGUAACCAAAAUCCUAAUUUUAAAGUCAAUCGCAAAUUGUGAGAAGCUUGAGUCACUGUAGCUCCUUAUUAGUUAAUAACGUCUGGUAUUCAAAGCAAACGAGGGAAUAAUAACUACGAGAAGAAUGCUCUGAAUGUUGGUGGAUUGGUAGUAAUUCUCUCGUAGAGAUGAGCAGUUUCCUCUUUGCUCCAGUUUGCUCCAGUUUGGAGCAGUUUGCUGCACAGCAAUGUGAAAAAAAAUCUGUGUGAGUAUUUCCAUCAGUGUAUGUGUCUGUACGUUGGUAAACCUGUGCGCUGGCUAUCUUUUAAAUUUACACAGUUUGAAAAUCCUCGUCUCAUUUCUUCUUUGUGUCGUUGAUUUCCUCCUUUCACGCGUUUUCUGAAAACGCGGAUGAUUUUGUCCUUGUCUAUGUGUCAGUUUACUCGUCUGCCCUCGUAUGAAUAACGCUGCCUUUUCCAUGUAUAUUUACAUAGUUGAUUUCAAUAAUUUGCUCGUGUUAAAUACGUGCCAAUUUUCUAUACAACGGAAUCUCUGAACUAGUUCCUAGUAUCUUGAAAAAUGGAGAUGGCAACAAAUGUACGGAGUGCAUUUUACUUUUGGUGAUGAGUUAUUCAGAGAUGGCCUCUUGUAAAGAUCACCAAUGUCAUAUUUUCGCAUCUAUUUUGAAAAAUUCCACUAAUAAAUUAAGUGAAAGUGUCGGAAACUUUAAUCUUGCUGUUCAAGAAAACUGUAAUUUUUGUGUAAGCCAGACUGUUUUUAAUGUUAGGACAUCCGAAAUUUAUGAGGUUCUAUCAACAUCUGUGUUGUUAUCAACCUGCACUCGCUAUACGAGUAUUUUCCUUUCUGUGUAUGUCUUCUGUAGUAAGCUUUGUGUAAUUUAGGGUGCUAUUCCUAUUUUUGUCAUUCACAGUUUUGGAAACUCGCUAUUAACUAGCUGUAUACUAACAAACUUUCAGAAAGCUUCAAAUUCUCAUUUAGUAUGGAAAGUUUAUGUGGUUUGCUCUGGUGCAAAGACCGUUCCUCACCCGCGGAACUGACAACUCUUGCAGUCAUCCAUGAUGAAGAUAGUGGCUUAUUUGCAGCAUUCCUUUUUUAUGCCCGCCAGAAUAAAUUUGCGCUCAGUUUAAAUAUGAAUUUUUGUUUCAGUUUAGUCCACUUCUUAACCGUAACCUAGCAUUUAUUUCUUAAUCGUAAAACGUAACAAAUUAUGUUUUGUUUGAGGAAAAUGCUUCGUUUUUAGUGCUGCAUUAAUUGGUGUUAACCUCUUUUUAAAUUCGCCCAAACCAUUAGCUUGCAUUCAAUGGAUUGAUCAAGACAAUAAUAUUUGUGUUUGUUUACUCAUUCUCCGUUAAUAUCAAGCAUAGAUCAUGCGAGAGCAAUUUUUGUUUGUAAUUUUUCGGCAGGGUAAUGUUUAAAGCCAUGGCUUUUGUUAGCUCUGUAUCUUAUUCAACAAAAUAUAUUUGAAGUGACGGCGUUAUUUCUCAAAUAUUAAGUCACAAUUUCAUUGGCUACAUUAUUUUCAAAACGAAUCGAAAUGCCUUCAAUGUACAGUUUUUGAUGCGUAGACUAGCGGCUGCUGUGAGUCGGGUUUAUGGUUAAGAGUCUAAUAUUAGGAGCUUGUUAUCUAUUUUUGAUAUGAACAUAGUACAGUGCAACAGCUCCAUUAUUCAUAUUGCAUAGCUCGAAGCGUGCUUGUCAAAAUGUAUUAAUGCUUUCUUAUUAGUUUAGUGAGGUUAAACUAACCCGCAAUUCAACUUUCGUGCUGAGAUCAUGCCUAAUCUGUCCUCCUGUGCCGCCUCUUCAGUUCAGGUGCGAUAUUUUAUUAGCUUUUUUCACGAGCUGUGUAGAUGAGUUGUUUAGUCACCUCGAAUUCACAAUGGUCGACAUCGGUGAGCAUGAUGGUCUCUCAAUUAAUCCAUUGGAAUUACUAUUGGUUAUAAUAUUUCAGGUAAUUAUGUAUUUAACAGCCCACAGUUGCUACGCGCUCUUGUGCAAGCUCCUCUUGGGUUUUGACCCGUUGUUUUUGGUUAUGAGCAGCUCAACUCUUCAAGGUGUUUCGGUUUUAUGCACAAUUAAUGGCUCAUGAGAAAGAUUUAGUAUGUAUCACAUUUUUUGAUCCACUCUUUAUAAAGUAUUUGGGAUAUUUAUGACUAUGAGUUCAAUUGUAUCGUUAACUGUAUUUAUGAUAAGGUGUUUUAUUUGAAUUGUUGUCCUUCAGUUUUGAACUGAUUAAUUACAAUUUUAGUUGAGAUUCAUGUUCUUAUAUUCGUAUUAUCUCGUCUCUUUUCGAUAUUUCGUAGGAGUUUUUCUUAAGACUCUUAGAUUUAAAAUAUUACUUACUGUAUCUCUACCACAAUUCAUACUCAUUUCGAGCCUCUUAUUUUGUGCAAUGCUUCUCUCGAUACAAUACCCAAAUUUGGAAACAUUUGCCAAAACUAUUUCAAGGUAUUACGUACUUCUUGACUGCCCUAACAUGUCCAUAGAUCUUUCUAAGUUCAUUUAAGUAAUUUAUAGAUUUACCUAUAGCAGAAUAACCGACCUUGCAUCUCAGUUCACGUGUAAUAUUUUUCUUGUUGGCUGAGCCUGGAUGUGAGCUCUGAUGCUGGUGCGCGGUCAGAUAUAAAUAAUCUUUCUUUGCUAUUGUUAUAGGUACUCGCCAUGUUACUGACAGCAAUCUUAUUUGAUUCAAAGCAAAUUUGAAUUUAUAUAUAUAUGGAUAAUUUUUUUUUGUCUCGUCAACGUCAACUAUUGUCAUACUUGAGUUAGCUAUUAGAACGAUUACAAAUAAUGUUAGCUGAAAUUAUUUUCUCUUGUUUAUGCAUCUCAUGGCAUGAAAUUUUGAGGAUAUAUAGGUAUAUACGAGCUUGUUCAAUGCCUGCAUCAUGAUUAUCAUUUAAUUUGCACUAUUCAUGUAUGUUUACUUUAGUAGAGUUGAAAAUUGUUCAUUGCUUCGUAUGAAAUGAACGAUACGUGUGGGCCUACUUAUGUGAUUCUAUAAUCUAUUUCUAAUGCUCAAUUUUCUGCAACUGCAGCGACGUUCACGCAAUUUUUAACCGAAUUAUUAUUCUCUGAGAGAACGAUUUUUUAGCGAACUAUUAAUGAAGUUUUACCAUCAGUUGUCUUUCUUCGUUUGAUCACUAUCUAAAAUUUUGUGCAAGUUGAGACCAGUGUUAUCUCAUUUCUUGUCAUCCCAUUCUCUUAUGUCCCUUCUCAUUUUUUUAUUGACUUCGGAAUAGGAGUCCGCUGUAAUUUUUGAAUACCUAACUUAUGUUGUUCGUGUCACAUCAAGUGUUAUUUCUGUGUUUCUGCUUGUGACUUGUGAGUAUGAUGUGUCUCAUCAUCCUGUCGUUAAUUGUGUCGUCGCAUCCUUUCAAGAAAGUCGUUAAUUCAUGUUUAACCCAUAUCUGACUGCAGCGGUAGAUCUGGAUUACCACUCGGUACGAUACUAAUAACGUUCUACAAUUAUGCAGUCUGACAAGGGUUAAUCUUCUGUGCAAUCAUUUCCUGUUAUUAAUAUCAAUUUAUUGUAACUUAUCUGAACUAUUGAAAUAAACUCGAUUUCAAAAUACUACAAGGUUAUCGAUGUAAUUUGGAGUAACAUUGAAACUUGUUACUAGUUCUAUAACUUAUCUCGUGACAAUAAUGGAUUAAAAUGAUGCGCAUCAUGUCAUCUCGUCCAGGAAUUCCUAUGUGGACAUAAUUUGAAGCUUAAUAAAAUAAUUGUCAAAUCAUC